CGAAGACAUGUAUACGGUGAGUUUCAUCUACGUGUGGGGAUUAGUGAUGGUCUCAUUGUGUUACACUUUUUAUGUUGCCAAAUUGGUUGGAAGAGGAACAAUGAGGCAGAUUUUGAUCUUUCCAGUCUUCCUCAUUUUUUUCAUAGUUCCUCUAUUAGUGUCUUCCAUACAUUUAGUAUGCAUCACAGCUUUCUUCAUCGCUUGGCUCGCAAAUUUCAAGAUCAUUCUCUUUGCUUUCGGACGCGGUCCUCUCUAUUCAAACCUGUCUCUCCCUGUCUUCGUAGCCGUUUCGAGCUUGCCCAUCAAGAUUCAGCUGAGCCCUAAACCAAGCACGCUACAAGGAUCCAGAGAGGGUCUCUUGAAUUAUGCCAAAAAGUUUGCGCUUUUGGUUAUCGUCACAAAAAUCAUCGAGUACAGCAGUAAACUGCCCGACAAAGCCGUGCUGACUCUCUAUGUGAUGCUUCACAGCUACUUCACUCUCGAGGUCAUCCUAUCUACUGUAUCUGUUGUGGUUAGAGCCACCACGAAUCUUGAGCUUGAACCACAAUUCAACAAGCCACACAUGGCGACAUCACUCCAAAACUUUUGGGGAAGACGAUGGAACCUGAUGGUUACUGGAAUCUUAAGGCCAACUGUGUAUGAACCAAUGAUCCAGCUGUUGUCAUCAGGUGGCUUGAGUCGGAACCCGUCCCAGUAUCUUGCUGUCUUCAUCACGUUCGCUGUCUCAGGGUUAAUGCACGUGCUCAUUUUCUUCUACAUUGGACGGUUGAGGCCAGACUGGAAGGUAAUGUGGUUCUUUCUUAUAAACGGAUUUUGCACAUCGGUGGAGAUCGCUAUUAAGAAAAACGUUAAGGGAAGAUUCCCCACAGCUAUAAGUAGGGUUUUGACAAUCGGGUUUGUGAUGGUGACAAGUUGGUGGCUCUUCUUCCCGGAGUUUAAGCGAUGCAAUUUGUUUGAGAGGGUUUUCCAAGAGUACGUAUCCAUUGGCGCAUUUGCAGCUGGGAUCAAGAAUAUCAUCACCACAUCUCUUUUUUCUGCUUACCGAUCUUGA